AUGUCAAUAUAAGUGUUAAAUAGAUAGUUAGAAUGUAAUUUCACAGAAACGGAGAAACAAUUAGAUGUAUUUUUUGAUUAUUCUAAUUCUUUUAGUAAUCUUUUGAUAAUAUCAAUAAUUUAAUUGAUUAAGUCUUUACUCUGGAUUCUCCAAUUUCUAAUUUAAGCAAUCUAAAUUUAGAAUUAUCUUUCCCAAUAGUUCCUUAAAUCCAUUUAAUUGAUUAAUCCUACUUAUCAUCAAACAUUUUUUAAGAAAGAACCAAAUAAUCAGAUUAACAAUAUUAAUAAUCAUCAUUAUUAUCAUCAUAAUUAUAUCAAUAUCAAACUUAAUUUAAGCCGUUCUUUUAUUAUUUAUAAUUCUAUUGAAUAAAAGGAAAGUUGUUUUUCAAUUGCUUUAAAUAAAGAUUGUUCAUACAUAGCACUUGGGUGUGAAGACCUAAUAAAGAUAUAUGAAUAUAAAAAAGCAAACUUGAAAUAAAUUCAAGUUUUAUAUAACCACCAAAAUAUUGUAACUACUAUAACUUUCAUGAAAAAGUCCAAUUAGUUUAUAUCUGGAGACGCAGGGGGAUCUAUUUUCAUUUGGUCACAUGAUCAGGAAAAUGAGUGGUAUUAAACUUAAAAAAUUAAAGCGCAUAAUUAUAAUAUUUAUUGUUUAAUUUUGAAUAAUAAUGAAGAUUUAUUUAUAUCGGGUAGUGGAGAUCAAACUAUUAAAUUUUGGGUUAAAUAAAAUGAGUGGAUCUGUUAAUAAAUUAUCAAAGAUCAUGAAUAAAGUGUUGAUUAAUUAAGUUUAAAUGAUGAAGAAAACAAAGUUCUUGCUUGUGGAUGCGAUAUAUUUUUAAUUGAAUAUUCUAAAUAACAGAAAAAGUGGAUUGUUGGUUAAAAUAUUAAAACUGAAUUUUAAGCAUAUAGCAUAUGCUUUAUCAACAACUAUUAAUUCACAUACAGACCUAUUUAUGGCAAUUUGAUGUAUAUCUAUGAAAUGAGUAAUAUAAAUUAAUAGUUCACUAAAACUAAAGUUAUUACUUUUAAUAAAGUUGGUGGAACUAAUUGUGGGAUAUUUUAAUAACAAUUUAAUAAAAAUAAAUAAAUUUUAAUGUGUAAUCAUUGGGAUAAUGUCAAUUUAAUCAGAAAAACAGAAAAUAAUCAAUUUAAAGUUGAGUAAACUAUUCAAUUUGACAGCUCUAGGCUAUUUGGAUAAAUGAGUGAUGAUGGAAAAUAUUUGAUUACAUGGGAUUCUACAUCUAACGAACUAUAAAUCAGGAAAUAUAAAGAAUAGUGA